CUUUGGAUGAGUACUUUGAGUAUGAAGCUGAGGAGUUCCUGGUCUCCUUGGCCUUGUUGAUCACCGAAGGUCGGACACCCGAGUAUUCGAUCAAGGGCAGAACAGAGGGCUUUCAUUGCCCGCCGGCACAGUCCAGUCAGCCGCCAACAACUAAGCAUGAAUGCAGCGACAAACUGGCUCAGUGUCGUCAAGCCAGGCGAACCAGAUCUGAGGUUAUGCUACUGUGGAAGAACAAUAUUCCAAUCAUGGUAGAAGUGAUGCUACUUCCAGACUGUUGCUAUAGUGAUGAAGGGCCCACCACCGAGGGCAAUGAUUUAAAUGAUCCAGCAAUCAAGCAAGAUGCAUUGCUGUUAGAAAGGUGGAUUUUGGAGCCAGUUCCUCGACAGAGUGGAGAUCGAUUUAUUGAAGAGAAGACCCUGUUACUGGCUGUUCGCUCCUUCGUUUUCUUCUCCCAGUUGAGCGCGUGGCUGAGCGUUUCACAUGGUGCUGUUCCCCGAAACAUUCUGUACAGGGUGAGCGCUGCAGAUGUGGACUUGCAGUGGACGUUCUCCCAGACACCAACUGAGCAUGUCUUUCCUGUUCCUAACGUUUCGCACAACGUGGCCUUGAGAGUCAGCGUCCAGUCCUUGCCCCGACAGUCGAACUACCCAGUUCUGACCUGUAGUAUUCACACCAACCUUAGCUUUUACGAAAAGCGAAUGCAAGAGCGUAAGUUACAUCAGCAUGGUGAUUCCAGUGCAGCACAGCAAUGCGGUACCUCCAGUCCGCAGCGCUUCUGUGGGAAACAGACGUGGACGGUGACACCCGAAGGCCUACUUAAUGGAAAAAAGACACCUGAAUUUACAACAUCUGUCAGAAAUUUAAAACUUUAUCCAUCUACUGGAGUUGGAUCUGACUUUGGAGCAUCGCAGUCUAAAGUUCAGUGCUAUAAUGAUAGAGGAGACAAGACACAAGCUCAUGAAACACCUGUCAGAACUUUUAAAUCCUUUUCUCUAGUUGAUUCCCGUGUUUCGAGCGGUCGUUGCUCUCACCAGCCCACAGGAGAAACCAAUCCUUUGAUAGGCUCUUUACUUCAAGAGCGACAAGAAGUCAUUGCAAGGAUUGCUCAGCACUUGAUUCACUGUGAUCCAGCUACUUCACCAGUUGUUGCUGGACGUCCGUUCAACGUGCAUGAAAACAGCUCGGCUACACCGAAAGCUUUUCGGAGUACUUUCGAAGAUGAAAACGUGCCGAGGAAAGGCAAGGAGACCUCCCCUGCUUCCAUUGCCAGCUUGGACAAUGCAAUGCAAGAAGAUGGUGAAGGCAAAACUAGAGUGAUUCCAGAGGUGCCGCUGCUCGAUGCCCGUGUUCCAGUGAACCACUGUGGCCGUCCAUCGGCAGGAGAGAGUAAUCCCCUCAUUGAUUCUCUGCUCCAGGAGCGGCAGGAGGUGAUAGCAAGGAUUGCCCAACACUUGAUUCAUUGUGAUCCAGCUACUUCUCAUGUUACUGGGCGUCCGUUCAAAGGUCAUGAGACGAACCCAGUUUCUUCAAAAAUUUUCCGAAGUACAUACGAAGAUGAAAAUUUGCUGAAGAAAGGCAAGGAACCGUCUUCUGUUUCUUUGGCUAAAUCAAGUUUUUCUUUGUUAGAAGACAGCAGUAAAUCAAGGACGAAGGCACCUGACACACCUAUUAGUCCUUCUAGGUUCGAUGGAGAACUGAAGGCUCCUCUGAAACUCCAGGCAAGAAGAAAAUUGGUUUUAGCGAAACCCGGUGAAGCUGUCCGAAAUGCAUUUCAUCAGACUUCCAAUAAAACUUCCCAUGCAUUUACCAACAGUCACACAUCAUCAUCAUGUACUAAGGAAAAUAAAUCGGAAUUGCCAGAUAAAUUGGAAAUGGUACAUUCUGGUUAUGCACAGAAAGACCAGAUAGCCCAUAGAAUUAAAGCAUGUUCAAAUUUUGGCAGCGUUGAUGAACAGAUUUGCACAAAUAAACUUAAAGAAAGAACAGUUGUUAGCGAGAACAACGGCACGGACAGUUUUAACAAUUUACAGAUAGAUAAAUGCAGAAUACUUGAAGGUACAAAAAAAGCAACUGUGAUGCAGGUAUCUGACUCUUUGCACAAAAAUGAGCUCAAGUGUUCAGAUAAAGACUCAAAACCCCCAAAUAUUUAUGAGCAAAAUACUCAGCUUAUUAGUAUUGAAAAUUAUUUAAAUAAAGAGCACGACAGUUUCAAAACCAAAACCAAACAAGAUAAAGCAAAAACUGCACAUGAUGAGAAUGAAGACCCAAUAGGCCUUGAUUGCCAAAGCAGCUCUCAGAAGAAACCUGCAGAGGAUGGCGUCGUUAAGUGUGAGCGGCUGAAGAACCCAGACGUACAGGUAACAUCUCUAAAACACACAAAUAUAUGGCGGAAACAUAAUUUUCGAUCCUUGGAUGGAACUUCAACCAAGGCUUUUCAUCCCAGAACUGGAUUGCCUCUGCUUUCAAGUCCUGUUCCUCAAAGAAAAACACAGUCUGGGUGCUUUGAUCUGGAUUCAUCACUGCUGCAGUUGAAAUGUCUGUCUGCAAGGAGCCCACAACAAUGUAUAAACAGAGACAGUGAUCCGGAGGGCCAUGGGAAACCGUUUCUGAGUUCCAGCGCUCCACCAGUAACAAGUCUUAGCCUUCUGGGAAACUUUGAGGAGUCUGUCCUGAAUUUUCGCUUAGACCCGCUCGGUGUCGUGGAGGGUUUCACAGCGGAAGUGGGAGCAAGCGGAGUCUUUUGUCCCACGCACAUGACUCUGCCAGUUGAGGUGUCGUUCUACAGUGUUUCGGAUGAUAAUGCACCCUCUCCUUACAUGGGUGUAAUUACUUUAGAGUCCCUUGGUAAAAGGGGUUAUCGGGUACCGCCUUCAGGAACAAUACAAGUGACCUUAUUUAACCCUAACAAAACUGUGGUGAAGAUGUUUGUGGUAAUCUAUGACUUGAGAGAAAUGCCAGCUAAUCAUCAAACAUUCCUACGGCAAAGAACGUUUUCUGUUCCUGUGAGACGAGAAAUCAAGAGAAGUGUCAAUAAAGAAAAUAGUCAACAGACUGAAGAAAGGCUACUACGCUACCUCAUACAUCUGAGGUAAGAUCCUCAGAGUUUAAA